AUCUAAUUUUUGCUUUCCGCCCAAGAAAUUGAAACUAAAAUUCUUCGAAAACCCUGUAAAAAAACAAAUAGUGAGAGGAAUAGGUAGAGAAAUUGAGCGGAAAUGGACGUGAUUAAAUCGCAGCAGAUAUCAUCUCGGCCGAUCGAUAAGGUGGUGGUGCAUCCGCUCGUGCUGUUGAGCGUCGUCGAUCACUACAACCGGGUGGCGCGUGACACUCGGAAGCGCGUCGUUGGAGUUCUUCUCGGAACUUCCUAUAAGGGCACAGUUGACGUAACUAACAGCUACGCCGUUCCUUUUGAAGAAGAUGAUAGGGACCCAAGCAUCUGGUUUCUUGAUCAUAACUACCAUGAAUCAAUGUUUUCCAUGUUUAGAAGAAUAAAUGCCAAGGAGCAUGUCGUCGGUUGGUAUAGCACUGGUCCAAAACUGAAAGAGAAUGACCUAAGUAUCCACGCAUUGUUCAAUGACUAUGUUCCGACACCAUUAUUGGUGAUUAUUGAUGUCCAGCCAAAAGAGCUUGGGAUACCUACUAAAGCCUAUUAUGCUGUUGAGGAAGUUAAAGAAAAUGCCACUCAGAAAAGCCAGAAGGUGUUUGUGCAUGUUCUUUCGGAAAUUGCUGCACAUGAAGUUGAAGAAAUUGGAGUGGAACACUUGCUAAGGGAUGUAAAGGACACGACUAUUAGCACUCUGGCAACAGAGGUUACUGGAAAACUUGCUGCUUUGAAAGGAUUGGAUGCACGAUUGAAAGAGAUUAGAAGUUAUCUCGACCUGGUUAUUGAAGAGAAGCUCCCCUUAAAUCAUGAAAUCCUCUAUCAUCUCCAGGACGUGUUCAACCUACUCCCGAAUCUAAAUGUAUCUGAACUCAUCAAAGCUUUUGCUGUGAAAACGAAUGAUAUGAUGUUGGUCAUAUAUCUAUCAUCCCUUAUCAGAAGUGUGAUUGCUCUCCACAAUUUGAUUAACAACAAGAUGCUAAAUAAAGAACAUGAAAAGGCCGAAGACUCUAAGCCUGUUGCAGUGCCUGCAGCUGCUGGUAGCUGAACAGCAUUUUGUUUUCUGAGAGCAUUCCAUGUUGUGUUAUUAGAAAGUGAUUUCAGAUCGAACUUAGAGUUUUUCGAUCUCAGAGAAAAAAAAGUUGAUUCUUCCUUGAAAAAGUUGAACUUGCGUAUCAGUUAUCUGAAAUUGAGCUGGUAUUAAUGUGGACCAUAUCACUUCUUGCCUAGGAAGUAUUUCUGUAUGAAUUAGGUACCGUCUCUAUAACGAGGAAAAUAUGCACUUAUGUCGAUGAUUAUAUUCAAAAAAAAAAAAUCUUCCUGAAAUUCGAUUGUGUUAAUUUUGAUGUGACUA